GUAAAAUUACGAUUGAAUCCAUUUUUUAUUGAGAUGAUACCUGAAAAUAUAAGGAAAAGUUUAUUUGAUAAAGAUCUUGUUCAAUAUUUAGAAGAGAAAGAAAAUAUACAACUACAUAAGUCUGAACUUAAAUUACAUGGAAUUGCACUAAACAAUGUUAAGGAGAGCACUAAUAUUAAUUUUAGUUUGCCUGAAAUAUAUAAAAAUAUUGAUGAGCAUAUAUUUCAUAUUGCUAAACAACAAUCAGAUUCAUAUAAAAAUUUGUGUAAUGAAUUUUUAACAUCAGAUAUACCCUCUUUACCAAAUAAAUGGCUCCUAAAAUCAGGAUGGACAAAAUAUAUAAACAAUAAUGUUGAAACUGUCAUGGCACCUAAUGAUAAAGCAUUAAUAUUUGAUGUUGAGGUGUGCUUAAAAGAUCCUGGAAAUCUCCCCACUAUGGCCAUUGCAUUAUCACCCAAUGCAUGGUAUUCUUGGUGUAGUCCUCUUUUUGAUAAUAAUUUUUCUUGGCAUUCUGAUCCAACUUCAGAAAAUAUGAUACCAAUGGAGUCAAAUCAGAGCAAUAAUCAAGAUCAUAAAUUAAUUAUUGGUCAUAAUGUUGGGUAUGAUAGGUCAUGGAUAAAGGAACAAUAUUAUCUCCAGGCUUCAAAUACAAAGUUUCUAGACACAAUGUCUUUACAUCUAGCCUGCUCUGGUUUGACCCACCUACAAAGAAUCUCAAAGUUAGCACAUAAAAAUAAAAGUGAAGAAGAAAAAUUAUCUUCUCCUUUUGCCACAAUUGAAGGCGGUUGGGAAAGAGUCGGAUCUUUGAAUAAUUUAGCCGAUAUACACAAAUUGUAUUGCGGUAGUGGUAGCUCUAAUGAUGACUCAAACAAAAAAAAAUUCUACGUAAAAUCAGAUGAAAUUAAAGAAGGAAAAAUGAAGAACGUGAACAAAGUUGGGAAUCGUAAAGCAGGGGAUGAAGAUUCGAUGCCAUCUCCCUUAGUUCACUUUCUCAGCGGUAAUCUAAAUGACGUUGCCAACGACUUUCAACGCUGUGCUUCAUAUUGCGCUCGCGAUUGCUUAGCAGUCUACGACGUUCUUGGCAUUCUUUUUCCUGCCUUUUGCUCUCGCUUUCCCCAUCCCGCAACACUAGCCGGCACGCUUUGUAUGGGAACCUCAUAUCUGCCUACACAAAAAUACGCUUGGUCAAGGUAUCUAAAGGAAGCAGAAAAUGGCUACAAGGAGAGAGAUAAAGAGAUACGGGAGGCUCUAGCCGGUUUGGCUCAAAGCGCUUGCGCAUUAGUUAGCGAUGGCAAUAAAACGUAUGAAAAAGACCCAUGGUUAUGGGAUUUAGAUUGGUCCGUUCAACGCUUAAAGUUAAACAAAAAUAAGAACAUUCGCUCAUCCAAAAAAGAUGGUAAUAUUUCUGUCAAUGCUGGACUAUCCCCUACAAGUAAUGCUAAGCUUGAAUCUUUGCGAAAGUGUUUAGAAAAUACACCCCAAGUAAAGAUUUGUGAGUCUGAAAAUUUAGAAACGUACGACGGCAAUUUGGUAGAUUUUGUCAAUUUGAACAAAGAAAUUGAUGACUGCAAAACGGGAACUUUGGAAAAAGUUUUGGCGACAGUCAAUUAUUUACCCAAAAUACAACCGUUUCUUCCCGGCUAUCCAGCUUGGUAUAGGGAGCUUUGCCAAAAGUCGCUAGGCUUUAAUAAUGAAGAAAAAUCGGAUAUAAAUGGAGAAAAUUCAUGGAAGCCUGGCCCCUUUUUAAUCACUUCUUUGGCACGUAUUGCUCCAAAACUCCUGCGUUUAACGUGGAAUGAUUAUCCCCUUUAUUUUCAUCCUAAAUAUAAAUGGGGUUAUCUGGUUCCAGGAAAUUUAACAAAUUUAAAGCCAGCCAUAGAGGGUGAAAAUGGUAACAAAGUUCAAUUUUCGCUACAAAACUUACCGCAAUUUCGUCAAUCAAGUCCCAACACACUCGAGUCGGAGCUCGAUCCACUCCAAUCCAAUAAAACAAGAAACAUAUUAUGGGACGAUGUUAUGAAUUCUUGUUACGAAGGGAACCUAGACGACACCAACAAAAAUUUUUCAAAAUUCAUCGAGUAUUCUAAAAAAUUGGAAAAAUUGCAUGCAGUCCAGACGACGAUAAAUAAUAAGAAUGGGUUUAAUGAUAAUGGUAGAAAAUCGAUCGAUGAUUUAGGAUUGGAUACUGGAGCCGGAUGCCAGGAUGUACCAGGUUGCUGGUAUUACCCUCUGCCUCAUAAAAAUGGACCAGCAUUUAGAGUAGGUAAUCCCCUUUCGAAGGAUUUUAUUCCUCGGUUAGAAGAUGGUACACUUAAGGCGUGUUCUGGUGAUCAAGCUCAAAAGGUUUUAACUAACAGUAGCGUUAUAUCCUACUGGAAAAAUGCAAGAUUAAGGAUUAUGACUCAGUUAUUGGUCUGCCCUCCAACUAGUUCUUAUUUUCCUCCCCAUUUUAAAUUUCAUAAAUUGACCCAUUCCGAGGAAAAUGUUACAAACCCUGACGAUAAUAUAGAAAGAACGUAUGGCGCAAUAUUGCCUAAACUCGUAGUAUGCGGGACCGUUUCUAGGCGGGCAGUGGAACCAACAUGGCUAACCGCUAGCAAUGCUAGGUCAGAUAGAUUGGGAAGCGAGCUUAAGGCUAUGAUACAAGCUCCUCCUAGCUAUUGCUUUGUCGGUGCCGAUGUUGAUUCACAAGAACUUUGGAUAGCGUCUAUUCUUGGUGAUUCUCAUACAUCCCUCAAAAUGCAUGGUUGUACGGCCUUCGGUUGGAUGACCCUUCAAGGCAAUAAACUAGACAAUUCGGAUAUGCACAGCAGGACCGCUUCUCUCAUAGGCAUUUCAAGAGAUGAGGCCAAAAUUCUCAAUUAUGCUCGAAUUUAUGGGGCCGGCCAUAAUUUUGCCACUCGUUUACUAAUGCAGUUUAACCAUAAAUUCGACAAAAUCAAAGCCGGCAAAAAAUCAAGGGAAAUGUUUUUGGCUACUAAAGGUAGAAAAGUGGAGACAGAGCGGGGAAAAAUUUGGGAAAAGGGCUCUGAAUCACAGAUGUUUAACAAGCUUGAAGAGAUAGCCGUGAGUGAUCAUCCCAAAACUCCUUUUUUAGAGAGCAGAAUUUGUCGAACAUUGGAACCCAAAAAUGUGAAUAAUAACUUUAUGACUUCUCGAAUAAACUGGGUGGUUCAAAGCUCUGCCGUCGACUUUUUGCACAUAAUGCUCGUUUGUAUGGAUUGGUUGUUCAAAAAAUAUGAAAUCGAAGGUAGAUAUUCUAUUAGCAUCCACGAUGAAGUACGGUAUUUAGUCCUGGAGAAAGAUAAAUACAGAGCGGCCCUGGCCCUACAACUGACGAAUUUAUUCACUAGGGCAUUUUUCUCUUAUCGGUUAGAAAUGUAUGAUUUGCCUAUGUCCGUAGCAUUUUUCUCUUCCAUCGACAUAGAUAAAUGCUUAAGAAAAGAAGUAGACACCGAUUGUAUUACGCCCUCCAAUCCAGAAGGCCUUAAUAUUAAUUAUGGAAUCAAAUCCGGCGAAGCUCUGAAUAUUGAACAGAUAAUAGCUAAAACCAAUGGAGUCAUGGAUAAGCCUAUUGAAACAGAUGCUUACCUAUUUUAAUACUCGCUUAAAUUUUAAUACAUUUAUUGUUAAAGAUUAUAUACUAAAGUUUAUAAUAAAAUAAAUAUAUA